AUCUUUAUACCACUUGAAUGCUAAGUCAAGGUCAAUAGAAUAGCAUUGUGAACAAGCUUUUAAAAUUUUUUAAUUCAUUUCUAACAGAAAUCUUUGUUUAUCUUUAAAAUAUGUCGGACGUGAAAGUGAAAGUAGAACUUCAAAGUGAUGGGGAAGAUUAUGAAAUUGACAUUGAAACAGAUACAGAGGUUGUUCAAAAAAAUUCUUUAGAAUUGUUAAGAAGCGGACCUUUUACAAAUUUCUCCAUUGAAGAAAUUCUGAAGCCCGAUUUUGGCUCGAAAAAGCGGAGAAGCGUUUUUGGUCAGUUCAGCCACCCUAGUCCAAAAGUCUCACCUAAAGAGCAAGACGAGAACCGAUCCCCACCCAAGGGGUCAGCCGGUCCUCUCCCCCUCCCUGCCUGGGUAUACUGCACCAGAUACUCUGACAGACCAUCUUCUGGUCCGAGAUCGAGAAAAAUCAGAAAGAAAGAGAAAUCGCCACAGGACGACAAAAGACCAAGGACCGCCUUCUCUAACGAACAGCUGCAGAGACUAAAAGUAGAAUUCGAAAAGUGUCAAUAUCUCACGGAACAGCGGAGACUGGAACUGGCAAAGACAUUGAAUCUCUCGGAGGGACAAAUAAAAAUCUGGUUCCAGAAUAAACGCGCGAAGGUCAAGAAAUCCUCGGGGGGCAAGAACAUUUUGGCUCUCCACCUGAUGGCCCAGGGCCUGUACAACCACUGUACGGUAUCAGGGGAUGGGAUGGAGCAAUGACCACAUAUGUCCCUGCAUCGAUAUCGUCAUUCUAUGGGCAAAGAAUGAGACGGUUCAAAUCAAAGGGAUAUAGGAUCGAAGCUAGGCUGUGAUAAUUUUGUGGACGAGGACCUAAAAAUCGUUUUUGAAAAUUCGCUCGUGCGUGUACUCUGCAAUAGGGUGAUAUUUGGGCACUAUCAUCAAUGUUGAUAUAUUACAUAUUUAUUAUGAUGUUGAGGUUCCUGUUGUGCUAUUAUUAAUUUUGUACAUAUUUUAGAUAUUAUAUAUUAGUCAUAUAGAUAACAUUAAUUUAUGAGAUGCAAUGUAAUGAAUAAAAAUAUUUAGCUUUA